GUGACACCAUCAAAUUAAACAACUUCCUAUCCAAACAAAACUGCCUUCUUUCAUUCUGUGUCUCACAUUUUUUUCAUUAAUUUGUAGAAAUAAUAAAAAUUCCCACAAUUCAUGUCUCAAUAAUAUUCCACUCCACACCAUUUCUUGGACUAGAGAGAAAAUGGCAGUUUCCACAGUGUACACAGUUAAAUCUCUCAAUUCUACUUGUUCAAUCUCAAAACCCACAAAAACCCACUUGGGAUUCAACCAAAAACAGCUAGUUUUCUUCAAGAAAACCACCACCACAACCACCAGGAGACCCACCACUGUAAUAACAUGCUCUGCCGGCGACACGGUGGUGAUUGGUUUAGCAGCAGACUCUGGCUGCGGAAAAAGCACCUUCAUGCGGCGGUUGACGAGUGUCUUCGGCGGCGCAGCGGAGCCACCCAAGGGCGGCAACCCUGACUCCAACACACUGAUUAGUGACACCACUACUGUGAUUUGUUUAGAUGAUUAUCAUUCACUGGACAGAACUGGGAGAAAAGAGAAGGGAGUUACUGCACUUGAUCCCAGAGCAAAUAAUUUUGAUCUUAUGUAUGAACAGGUUAAGGCGAUUAAAAGUGGAGUUCCUGUGGAGAAACCUAUUUAUAAUCAUGUCACUGGUUUAAUUGACCCUCCUGAGUUGAUCAAGCCACCCAAGAUUUUUGUUAUUGAAGGAUUGCACCCAAUGUAUGAUGCCCGUGUGAGAGAACUCUUGGACUUCAGUAUCUAUUUGGACAUUAGCAAUGAGGUCAAAUUCGCAUGGAAAAUUCAGAGGGAUAUGGCUGAGAGAGGACACAGUCUUGAAAGCAUUAAAGCUAGUAUUGAAGCCAGGAAACCAGAUUUUGAUGCUUACAUUGAUCCACAAAAGCAAUAUGCGGAUGCAGUUAUUGAAGUGUUGCCAACACAACUCAUUCCUGAUGACAAUGAAGGGAAGGUUUUAAGGGUAAGAUUGAUUAUGAAAGAAGGGGUGAAAUAUUUCAACCCUGUUUACCUCUUUGAUGAAGGUUCCACCAUUUCAUGGAUACCUUGUGGAAGAAAGUUGACAUGUUCGUACCCAGGCAUCAAAUUCUCUUACGGCCCCGAAACCUACUUUGGGCAUGAGGUGUCGGUGUUGGAGAUGGACGGGCAGUUCGACAGACUAGAUGAGCUGAUCUACGUAGAAAGCCAUCUGAGCAACCUUUCGUCCAAGUUCUACGGCGAAGUCACACAACAAAUGUUGAAGCAUGCGGAUUUCCCCGGCAGCAACAAUGGCACAGGAUUCUUCCAAACAAUUGUUGGCUUGAAAAUCAGAGACCUCUUUGAGCAGAUAGUUGCUAGCAAAACUGGAGCUCCAUUGGAAGCUACUAAGGCAUAAGAUAUGCCUAUAAUGCAUGUUUGGUACGGUGCAUAAUUAGACAGUAUGAUGGAUGAGAUUUUAAAUUAUUUUUCUUCUUUAAUACUAUCCAAUAUUAAUUAAUCCGUCGACCACACCCAAUAACUAGUCCAUGUUUGUCAAAAAUUAUAGUUGCUUAUAAUUUGAUCCAACUCUAUUUUAUUCA